UAGAGGCCCGACUGUUAUGGCAGCAGUGCAUAAUCGUAAGUUUGAUGAACGACCAAUAGUUGUUCUGAAUGAAGCAGGGCAACCAAUUGGCCCUACUCCCGCUCUUGUUCGUGAAUUCAGUCGGUUCCUAGGCACCAUGGCUAGAGAUUCAAAACUUGCACCUUUGAAUUAUGUCACUUGGCAUAAGGUUCCGAAAAAUAAAUUAGACAAGAUGUGGAAUUAUGUCAUGGAGAAGUAUGUGGUUCCCAUAGAAGGAAAAAGGUGGGUUUUUGCUACCCUUAACGAUCUGUGGCGUGUUCACAAAUCAAGAUUGAAGAAAAACCACUUUUAUAAAUACAAGACAGUACAACAAAGAUGGGAGAAUC